AGCUGCAGGCGGCAGAAGGUGGGGGAGGCAGAGGGGCGAAGAGCAGGUAGAAGCUGAACCCUCACCUCCCACGCCCAGCGCCCCAGGGGCCAGCCUCCCGCGAAGGACGCGCCCCUUUGAUGGGCCCGGAAGGGGUUCCGGGAGCGGCCCUUCCUCUGGACGCCGGUCCGAGGCCCGCAUCUCCCCCGGCAGCCCGGGGCGGCCCCGCUAGGCAGGCAGUGGCUUGCGUCCCCCAGGACCACCGCCGCGCCCGCUCGCUCGGCCAUGGGCGCCGCCGGCUCGUGGGCGCUGGGCCGCCUGGGGCUCCCCGCGCCGCGCCUUCCCGCGCAGCUCCGGCCCGCCUGGCUCGGGGUGGCCGCGCUGGCACUGGCCGCCGUGGCGCUGGGCUCGGUCGCCUGGCGCCGCUCGCGGCGCACGCGGCGCAGGCGGCGGCAGCAGGUGGGCACCGUGGCGCAGCUCUGGAUCUACCCGGUCAAGUCCUGCAAGGGGGUGCCGGUGAGCGCGGCUGAGUGCACGGCCAUGGGUCUGCGCAGCGGCCACCUGCGGGACAGGUUUUGGCUUGUGAUCAAUGAGAAGGGAAACAUGGUUACUGCUCGACAAGAACCUCGCCUGGUCCUGAUUUCCAUGACCUGUGAGGGCGACACCCUGACCCUCAGUGCAGCCUACACUAAGGACCUGCUGCUGCCCGUCAAGACACCUGCCACGAACGCAGUGCUCAAGUGCAGAGUGCAUGGCCUGGAGGUGGAGGGCAGGGACUGUGGGGAGGAGGCGGCCCAGUGGAUAACCAGCUUCCUGAAGACGCAGCCCUACCGCCUGGUGCACUUUGAGCCCCACAUGCGACCGAGAAAUUCCCACGAAGUACUGGAUGUGUUCCAGCCCACUGAAAAGAUUGCUUACUCAGAUGCCAGCCCGUUCUUGAUCAUUUCUGAGGCAUCGUUGGCGGAUCUCAACUCCAGGCUAGAGAAGAAAGUUAAAGCCGCUAACUUCAGGCCCAAUAUUGUGAUUUCAGGGUGUGACAGCUACGCAGAGGAUUCAUGGAAUGAGCUUCUUAUUGGCGAUGUGGAACUGAAAAGGGUAAUAGCCUGUUUCAGGUGUGUCUUAACCACAGUGGACCCAGACACCGGCACCAUGAGCAGGAAGGAGCCUCUGGAGACCUUGAAGAGUUACCGCCUGUGUGACCCUGCUGACCAAAAGUUAUAUGGAAAAUCGCCCCUCUUUGGACAAUUUUUUGUUCUGGAAAACCCAGGGACAAUCCAAGUGGGAGACCCUGUCUACCUGCUGGGCCAGUAGCAGGAAUCAUGUGCCUUGGAAUAUUAGAUACCUUUGAAAAAUGUCCUCAGAAGUGCCGGCAUGUGAAGCACAGUGUUUUGGAACGAACUCUUCAGCGUCUUCUUUAGAUCUGUGAUUUCCAGCGUUUCCGUCUUUUGGACUUCCUUGUGUCCCCGUGCGCACAGCAAUGAUAGUCUUGAUAAUAGGAUGUUAGUAAGUCACUUCAAUGACAAGGCAGGAUUCUGGAAAUCCCUUGUUUGGCUGAUUGUGGAUAAUUCUUUUUCCUCCUGUCCAUUCAUACCUAGAGGGCUGAGCUCCACCAUCUUGUUACUACCCAACAGGGAAAGAGAAGUGGACAGAAAAAGGAAGAGUGGGCCAGUGAGAAGAGUGUUCUGGAAUGUUUCAUGACCCCAUUCAUGGGGCUUGCAAUGGAAAUCAGGUAGCCUGGAGCAUCUUGUAUCCCGCACUGCUGCCUCUCUGGGCCGCGAGGGUUUGACAGAUCCUUCCCCACGUGCAGCCCCUCUGGGCCGUCAGACAGCAGAGGUGUCAGCGUGGAGGAUCGAUGCCUGAGAGAGACCCACAAGGCCGUCCGGUUCUGAUACAGAGCCCGUGAAGAGCGAGACAGGCCGAAACUUCUGUGCCAUGAAAGAAAAUACCAAGUACAUCCUACUGGUGAUCCAGAACUUUUCCCACCAUAUGACUGUGAACAGUAGCCCUGGAGCGGGCACAGCCCCUCGUCUGAGGUGCUGUUCGGCAUCGUCGGAGGGAGGAUGGAGCAACAGGAAACAGUCUAGAAAGGAGAUGCUGCUCCUCAGUAGGGAUCAAUGAUAGCUCAGCCGUGCUGAUGCAAAGUGAAAAAAUACCUGUGGGUAGGUUUUGUUUUCUCUCCUAGGACUUAUUUUUUUUUAAAGAAGGAAGGUCCCCUCCAGGUGCUCUAUGUUUCUCUGCGGUAGCUAUUUGAUUUUCUAAAUAUUCCCUAAAUAUGUGUGGCUCUGCUCCCACAAAGUCCCCUGGUUCCUUGGGGGCCCCGUCAGCUCAUGCUUGGCGCUUCUCCUCAAACUCAGGGCUCAAAAGUUCCGAAACCCUUGGAUGAAAAGAAACAUAGAUUGCAUGAUUUGAAAUAAACCACUGAGAAUUUCACCUUUCAAAGGAGAAAAGGAAAACAAGUCUGUUCAUUUAAAAACCAAUAUCUAAUUUUUCUUUUGAUAGAAUGAUAUAAUGCUAAGACCUGAUGAAGCUUAUUGUUCAUUGACAUAUUGUCCUUAGGAAGCUGACUAAAUCAUGAAAAAAUGUUUUCAAAACUGUAAAUAAAUGGAAGCUACUUUGACUGGUUUCUGAUCUUACUAACUUCUUGGGGCAGAGUCAGGCUGUGAAGCUGACUGGUGUGAUUGGGCAAAGCCAGUAAUUCUGCUGCCUGACGAGAGCUGGGUCUCAGCCAUGGACCCGCUUACACACAGCAUCCCUGGACAGGCACCCAUCUCUGCAGGGCUGUCCAGCAAACAUGCCUUUUACCCAAUGACGCUGGAAAGUCCUGCCUGCAUGUUUCACUUCAGUUUUAUAGAAAAGGUUAGUGUUCCUUGGAAUCCAGCCCUGCUCUGAGGUACAGUUACAAGUCAAUAGGUGCAUGUGUAUGUUUUCUGCUUGGUGAAUCAUUGCAAAUUAUUUUCUGUACACUUGGUGUGAAGUGGAGAAUUAAAACCAUGAAUCUGA